AUGGCAUCCCAACAGGCAGGCGAAGCAUACGAGCAACAAAACGUCCAUAAGGUGUAUCAGGAGAUCGCUCAGCAUUUCUCCGCCACCCGCUACAAGCCGUGGCCAAUAGUCGAGCGGUUCCUUACAGAUCUAACACCAGGAGCAGUGGGAUUAGAUGUUGGAUGUGGUAAUGGCAAGAACUUGAUGGUUAAUCGAGAUGUCUUUAUCAUUGCCUCCGAUAGAUCUGAAAACCUGGCCCGGAUUGCCUUGCAGCAUCAGCCGCAUUCGACCGUGGUGGCCGACAUUUUAGACCUCCCACACCGUGAUGCGAGCUUUGACUUUGCAAUCUCGAUCGCGGUAGUGCAUCAUCUGUCUACUCCGGCUCGGCGAGUCCAAGCCGUCGCCGAGAUUUUGCGAACCGUGAAACACGGUUCAAAGUCGCAAGAGGGCGGAAAGAUCCUGAUCUAUGCCUGGGCUCUUGAGCAAAAGGACAGCCGGAGAGGUUGGGACAAGGGAGAUGAGCAAGAUCGAAUGGUACCCUGGGUUCGUAAGGGUGAUCAACCCCAGACCUUUCAUCGUUAUUACCAUCUGUACACGGAGGGCGAGCUGGAACGUGACAUCGACAAUGCCGGCGGUCGUGUCCUGGAAUCCGGGUACGAGAAGGAUAAUUGGUGGGCUAUCGCGACCCCCAAGACAGCUUAUGACGUUUGA